UGAAUCUUUUCAUUGUCCCGACGCUCCCGCAACUGCCGCGGCGCGGGGUGAGAGCAGUGCGCACGCGCAGUUCCCGGCGGGAGCGUGUCCGGGUUACGGUGGCCGCGAGAAGCGCGAGCGUCGGGCGGCGAGUUUGCCGUGGCGGGGCCGGAGGCCGGAGGCCGCUUUGAUGCAGGCGGAGUGCCGUCGUCGUUCGCGCUCUCCCGGCCGUCUGCCUCUUAUACCGUGUGUGUAUCUGGUCGGCUUUCUGGACUUAUUUGGUGUGAGUUUGGUAGUUCCUUUAUUAAGCCGACACAUUAAGCUUCUUGGAGGAAGCUCAACUGUAGCAGGACUAAUAGGUUCUCUGUAUGGACUACUCCAACUGUUUUCCAGUUUACUAAUUGGUUCCUGGAGCGAUGUUGUCGGAAGACAGAGCAUAUUGUUGGUCACCUUGAUACUUAGUGGAUUUAGCUAUGGCCUGCUAGGUUUCUCCAGUAAUAUCUGUUUGGUUACACUGGCUAGGAUUCCCACAGGUAUCUUCAAGCAUACACAGACUAUUUUAAAAGCUCUUCUCUCAGACCUGGUUCCUGGGUAUAAACGCCCACAUGUAAUUGGAAGGUUCUGUGCAGCUUCCAGUGUUGGAUUCAUCCUGGGCCCAAUACUAAGUGGGUAUCUUGUUGAGCUGGAUGGAGGUUUCUACAUAACAUGCUUCAUUUGCUGUUUCAUUUUCUUGCUUAAUGCAGGUGUAGUCUGUUGGUUGCCUUACAAAGAACGGUUGUACAUUCCAACAAAAGAAUUGCAUUUAAGGACAGAAACCAGUUGUGAAAGCACAUGCACUAGUCUUGGUAAAGAAGACAACAGGAAACUGUUGGACACAGCAAGCAAUGGAGUAGCGAAACACAAAGCAUCAGAUCCUUUCUGGAGUCAGUGUAUAUCUGUGGGACUAAAGAUAAAAGGACUUGUCUGUUCUAAUUUAUGGGACGUCUUUCUGGUAAGAUUUCUGAUGGCUCUAGCUAACCUCCUGUAUUUCAGCAAUUUUGUUCUGGCCAUUGAAGAAAGAUUUAGUGUGCCACCCAGCCUAAUAGGGUAUCUCAUCAGUUAUGGUGGAAUAAUGGGAGCCCUGUCGGGUUUUAUAGCAGGCUCUGUUGCUCGACUGUACAACAAUAACACUUCCUUAUUGCUCUUGCAUUCCAGCAUCCUCACCUGCUGCACUAUGGCAGUUUACUCUUUUGCUACAUCCAUUCAGGUCGUUGUACUGUGCACAACUUUACUAGGGUUUUCAACUGCUACUGGCCGUAUGUGCAUCACUGUUGUGGAACUGAGCAAGACAGAGAGGCAGGCCAGAGGCACGCUGAUGGGAGCUGGACAGUCAGUGACUGCGGUUGCUCGCAUACUUGCCCCGUUGCUCUCUGGACUUGUUCAGGAGGUGAGCGUAUGUGGUCCACCGAUGCUCGGGGCAGUCUUGGCUUUGCUGGCUAUUUUACAUAUGAUUUCUAUUCGCUCAAAGUUCUGCAAAACCACAGAGGCUAAAACCAAGUUGGAGUGAGGGAUUACUGCAAGUGUUGUCAGACAAACUGACAUUUUCCUGUAAGAAUACGUGGACCCAAGUAUUGUACUCAAGUAUAAGCAAUUUUCUGUACAUGUUCAUUACUGAUCUUUGCCCUUCCUCAUGAAUGAAUGCACAUAGUAACUAUAUGGAAGGGGUCAAGGCAUUAUUGUUUGUUUUUGUUGUUCCUUGUUGGGCCUUGUGGUUGUUUUAUACAAGGCCAAGUUGCUAGCUUGAUGCUCAACCCAGAACGGAUGGAAAGAGUGCAAGGAGCGGGCUGAAUUAGAACCUAGGACCACUCACUUCGAAGUCCGGUGCAGAUGCCACUACACUACUAGCCGGCCAUGACUGUUUUUAGUACAACAAUCUUGCAUGAUGAAUUUUAUUUAUGACCAUCAUGGAUUUAAAUCUCAAUUUCUCAAAGCAGUUUUGACAACUAGACUGUAUUUGUGAAGCAUAUUUACUGUUAUGUUGAUAAACAACCUGCUUCCUUGGCAUUGUUCUCUACAGUGUCAUUUACUUUAGAUUGUACCAUCCUGCCUUCCAAUAUAGAUAUCUGCUGUAACUGGCACACCUAAUCUUCUCACCCUUUCUAAACCACUGACUAAACAUUGAACCAUCUGGAAUAAAAACCCCAUUCUGGCCCUAAUACUGCACUCACCCGAGCACAAAUAUUUUCCUUGAACUGAGACCACUGUUCUUUGGUCAUUUGCUUCCACCUCCUACCCUCACCUUUUUACUCAGCAUGCCCUGUAACCUUUUUUCCAAUACUCCCGUACCUUACAACCUAUUACCUGUUAUGGAUAUAUUUGUAAAGGUGCCAACCUCUUCCACAUUCCCCGACCGUCUCUUUCAACCCUAUCGUUCUCCCAGAUAACCUAUACUUAUUCAAGGUCUCCAAGCUAUCAACAUUCCACGCUCUUGUCCCUAUUUCACCUAUUUGUAUAAUAAAUCCCAAAGAGUUAUUUAAUUACUGAUUGACUAACGUUACUAUAAUUAACCCUUGGCUACCUAACUUUCACUUUCAGAAAUUCCUUCUCCUUCAAAACUUUCUUUAAAACAUGCAUAUUUAUUUAAAGUUUGCCAUCCCCAUUCUUUGCUUUAUCUUCUGAUGGCUUUGGAGCAGUUAAGGACAUUUUCUGCAUUGUCUUGUGGGAUGUUUCAUUCCAUUAGAGCUGCUAUAUAAAUGUGAUUUAUUUAAGUGCAAUUUUUGUUAUACUGAAUGAGUAGUGAGCAGACCUUUUGUGUAGAAGUAAAAUUGAUCAUAAUGUGA